UCAACCAGGGAGUUCAUUGGUUGCAUAGGAAGGGUUUGACACAACAAGACAGAGAAGUAGAGAGCCAUCCAAAUAACAAGCAUCAGAAGAAUAUAGCGACCGAAGAGAAGCUGCAAAGUGAAGAGGGGCGAUAAAGAUAAAAGCUUGAUAUAGCUAGAGUUAGCUUAGCGCCCAUGCUGACGUUACUAGCUAGCUACUGUACGUCGCAACGGCCCCAACGACCCCACAGAGAACAAGCAAAACAACAUCCAAAGGCGAUAGUCAGAAGGCAGGGUUUACAACUGUAUUUCAAUGCUAUUUUUAAGUAAAAGGAGGUUCGAGCAUGAUGUCCUGCUCUGGUAACCUGGUUUGGGAUGUUAACAAGCGCUCUAUUGGAUAUAAUGAACCGAAUGCUGUCAGGAUCAACUACUUAGGCAGAAGAGAAUUUGUCCAGCGGCUGAAACUCGAAGCGACACUCAAUGUCCACGAUGGCUGUGUCAAUACCAUAUCCUGGAACGAUACAGGGGAGUACAUCCUGUCAGGGUCAGACGAUACCAACCUGGUCAUCACAAACCCAUACAACAGAAAGGUUAAGGCAACCAUACGGUCGGGUCACCGGGCAAACAUCUUCAGUGCUAAGUUCAUGCCCCAGACCAGUGACCAGCAGAUCAUCUCGUGCUCUGGGGAUGGUAUCAUCUACUACACCCACACAGAGAAGAGCCCCGACAUCAACAGGCAGUGCCAGUUCACCUGCCACUACGGAACAGCCUACGAGAUUAUGACGGUACCUAACGACCCGUACACGUUCCUGUCGUGUGGGGAGGACGGCACCGUGCGCUGGUUUGACUUGCGCAUGAAGACCAGCUGCACUAAAGAGGACUGCAAAGAUGACAUCUUGAUAAACUGUCGGCGGGCGGCGACGUCCAUCUCCAUCUGUCCGCUAGUGCCCUAUUACCUGGCGGUGGGCUGCUCCGACAGCUCAGUACGCAUCUACGACAGACGCAUGCUGGGCACCAGGGCUACGGGUAACUACAUGGGCCGUGGAACGACGGGCAUGUGUGUGCGCUUUGUCCCCGCCCACCUGUCCAACAAGUUAUGUCGCGUGACGUCGCUCUGCUACAGCGGGGACGGACAGGAGGUGCUGGUCAGCUACUCUUCAGACUACAUCUACCUGUUUGACCCCAAAAAUGACCAGGCCCGAGAGCUGAAGGGCCCAUCCGAGGAGAGGAGGGAGGAGCUGCGGCAACCCCCAGUGAAGCGUCUUCGUCUACGAGGUGACUGGUCUGACACUGGACCCCGUGCUCGCCCUGAGAGCGAGAGAGAGCGGGACGGAGAACAGAGCCAGAACGUAUCGCUGAUGCAGAGGAUGUCAGACAUGUUGUCCCGCUGGUUCGAGGAGGCCAGCGAGGCCCAGAGCAGCCGGGGGACCACGCGCUCUCAGACACGCCCAAGAGGCACUCUUCCCCGUAUAGAGGGGGCUCUUACAACACCCACCAUCCCAACGCUCCCUACAAUACCCCCUCCACAACAAGCCAGAUCCCUAGAGGGCUCCAUGGAAACAGAGGCCCCAGCUGUCGCCUCUGUACCUGUACCCCUCCCCAAGUCCACCUCAGAGUCAUCGUCAACAGUUACAGCACCUCCCGCGUCAACCUGCUCGUCCAUGGAGGGCUCGGUGCUCCCCUCCUCCCUCACCUCCUCCCUAGACUCAGAACAGAGGAGUCAGGCAGACAUGGCUGUGACACCCACACCCACCACAGAGAUUGCACUGUCUGGAGCAUCAGAAGCUGUGAGUCUGGAGCGAAGUGCUGGAGGGAGUUCAAUCAAGGUGAAAACCCAGUCUGUAUCUGCCAGUGUAGCUGGAACCUCGUCCGGGGCACCCAGUAGCAGUACUGGACCAGGAGGUAGCCGAGCCAGCACAGCAGAACCAGUCCUGAGUUUACACUACAGCACAGAGGGAACCACCACCAGCACCAUCAAACUGGACUUCACUGACGAGUGGAGCAGCAGAGCCUCCAGUUCCAGGGGCAGUGGAGGGCCCAAGCAGUCAGAGGCAGCAGGGGCCGUCCAGACCAGAGAGGGACCCUCGGCAGAGAGCUCUGCUUCAGCGCAGGCAGCUGUGGCUGGUUUAGAGCCCUCAAGCCAGAGCAGGGUUGCUGCUCCUCACACCGACCCAGUGUGUGAGGCUGGGGGUGCCUCCGCCGCCUCUUCCAGCACCCAGAGAUACAUGCCCACCCAGGCCCCAGCACAAGUCUCCUCUGUGGGGGAGAGUUUGACUGCCUCGCCCCUGGAGAGGAGCCAGGGUGUGGGUGUGGAGGACACCUCUGGGGGGUGCAGGAGAGAGCAGCCUGCUGGGGAGGGGGGGCAUGGGGGUCCAACAGGACCAGGGGGGCAGGGGGUUCCAACGGGACCGGGUGGGCAGAGCCAACCCUCCCGCAGCAACCAGGAUUCAGACGACAGUGAUGACGACCCAAUUCUUAUUCCCUCAGCGAGGUACAGAGGAGGACAGGGACAGAGACGCUCUGCUGCGGCCCGUAUCCAGGAGUUGUUUCGUCGGAGGAAGGAGAGGAGAGAGAUGGAGGAGAGCGAGACCCAGAAUAUCAGGAGACCUUCAGUCAAAAUGGUCUACAAGGGACACCGCAACUCCAGGACUAUGAUUAAGGAGUCGUGUUUCUGGGGAAACAACUUUGUGAUGAGCGGUUCAGACUGCGGACACAUCUUCAUCUGGGACAGACACACGGGGGAGCACCUGAUGCUGCUGGAGGCCGACAAUCACGUAGUAAACUGCCUUCAGCCACACCCCUACGACCCCAUUCUUGCCUCGUCAGGGAUCGACUACGACAUCAAGAUCUGGUCACCUCUGGAGGUGUCGCCAUCGUUUAACAGAGUCCUAGCUGACGAGGUGAUCACGCGUAACGAGUUGAUGCUAGAGGAAACCAGGAACACCAUCACAGUCCCUGCAUCCUUCAUGCUGCGAAUGCUGGCCUCCCUUAAUCACAUAAGAACGGAUCGCUUGGAGGGCGACCGCUCAGAAGGUUCUGGACAGGAGAACGAGGAUGAGCAGUAGCUGCUCAGAUGCCAUUUUAUUUGAAAAAUAAAACAAGAACACUUUUCUUUUGCUCUAAAAAGCACUUGAAGAUCUUGAGAUUUGUACAAGUAUUAUGUAGAAUAUUUCCUUUUCUGAGCAUUAGUUACAUUUGUAGCCCUCUUCUUUUUUAAGACGACUUUCUUACUGGUGUGUCUGUAUGAGAACUGCAUCGAGAAAAAUAACUGUGUGAAUGCAAGCGCAAAGCCAGGCAAUAUAUAUAAAGUGGGGAAUAUUAUUUAGAUGACUGGUGCGUGAGGAUGUUUAAAGUGCAAUAUUAUUUUUGUCAGGAGCAGAUGAGCUUUGAUCAGUGUUACGGUGUGACAUUUCUUAUUUGUAGUGCAAGGCUGAGAACUCAUGUUUAUAUACUGUACUUGCAGUUGUGCAUGUAAACAUAAGAAUUAUGCUUUAAAUAAACCAUGUUGUUGUUGAAAAAUGUC